UAUAGAUAGAUAACCAACAAACAAAUUCGUUCAACUUUCAAAAAAAUUCAUUAUUUAGAGCUCUCUUAAAUAUUGAGUUUUAAGUCUGUGUUAAUAAAAAAUUUGCGGCAUAUUUAUGUCAUAUAACCUCAUCUACAAAACUAAACAAGAUUAGAAAAGUUCAAGCUGUAUGUCAUUUUCCAAGUAAGUAAUUACAAUAUGGAAAGUGAGAUACGUUGAAGAUGAUUCUGUGGCUGUAUCUUAUUGGAUAGACGAUCCUGCAAGGAAAGACUAGUGCAACUGCAAACAAAAAAAUAGUUAAUGGUCACAGUUCAAGAGAAGGAGCGGAGACAGAAGAAAGAGAAAGAGAGGGGUGAAGUUUUAUAAGAAAAUGGAGGCAACGAGAGGAUUGCUGUUGUUGAUGGUGAUUAUCAUCAUGAUCACAAGGAGAGGAGAUGCACAACUAAUAGAGAACUUCUACAGCUCAAGUUGUCCAAACGUGGAAGCUAUAGUGAAACAGGCAGUGAGUACAAAGUUCAGCCAGACCUUCACUACAAUCCCAGCAACUCUGCGUUUAUUUUUCCAUGACUGUUUCAUUACGGGUUGUGAUGCCUCGAUCAUGGUUUCAUCACCAAAUGGAGAUGCAGAGAAAGAUGCACCAGAUAAUCUUUCUCUUGCAGGAGAUGGAUUUGACACCAUUGUAAAAGCAAAGCAAGCAGUGGAAGCUCAAUGUCCCAAUGUUGUGUCUUGUGCAGAUAUCAUGGCAAUUGCUGCAAGGGAUGUGGUAGUCCUGGCUGGAGGUCCUUCAUUCAGCGUAGAAUUGGGGCGUCGCGAUGGCUUAAUUUCUCAAUCAUCACUUGUGGCUGGAAAUCUACCUGAACCUAACUUCACUCUUUCUCAACUCAACACCAUUUUUGCCAAGAAUAACCUUAGCCAAAUUGACAUGAUUGCACUUUCAGGAGCACAUACAGUAGGAUUCUCUCAUUGCAACCGCUUUGCAAAUCGUCUCUAUUCCUUCUCUCCAUCCUCUCCUGUUGACCCUUCUCUAGAUCCUAACUAUGCCAAGCAAUUGAUGAAUGCCUGUCCUCAGAAUGUAGACCCUAGCAUAGCAGUAAACAUGGACCCAAUAACCCCUCAAAUCUUUGACAAUGUUUAUUAUCAAAAUCUGGUUGGUGGGAAGGGCUUGUUCACUUCAGAUGAGGUGCUCUUCACUGACCCUGCAUCUAAGCCUACUGUCACCGAUUUUGCAAAUAGCCCUGGCGAUUUUAAUGGAGCCUUUGUUACAGCCAUGAGAAAACUUGGUAGAGUGGGAGUUAAGACUAGCAACCAAGGACGGAUAAGGACAGAUUGCACAAACCUUAAUUCUUGAUACUUAAUUCAAUGGGUUGUUUCCGUUUACUUACAUAAAUAGAAAUUGGAUUAUAAAGAGACGUUCACAGAGUUUAUCUUCAAUUGCUAUGUAGCUAACCAAGAAAUUCAAGAUCAAUGUUUAUACAGUAAA